AUGAAAUUGUCUGUUCUCGUCUUGUUCUCGGUCCUCAUUGCCAGUGCCACCGCACUGCCCCAGCCGGACAAAACGAUUGCGAAACGAGCGACGCCGACGCUCUACCUCGCUGGUGACUCUACUAUGGCGAAGGGCGGCGGAGGAAACGGGACCGAAGGCUGGGGUCAGUACCUCGGGUACUCCAUGAACAUCCCAGUUGUCAAUGACGCUGUUGGCGGCACGUCCGCGCGCUCGUACACGGACCAGGGCCGGUUUCAAUCCCUCGUCGAUACCGUCAAGUCUGGCGACUUCGUUGUGAUCGAAUUCGGGCACAACGACGGCGGCUCGCUUAGCACGACCGACAACGGGAACACUGACUGCUUCGGGGACGGUAACCAGACAUGCAUCUCCCCCACGACCGGCGAGACCGUCCACACCUUCGUGUACUACGUGGAGCAGGCGGGCAAAGCGCUCCAGGCAAAGGGCGCAAACGUCAUAUUCAGCAGCCAGACGCCCGAUAAUCCCUGGGAGUCGGGCACGUUCGAGUAUACGCCGUCGCGGUUCGUCGGAUACGCGCAGGAGGCGGCGGGCAACCUCAGCGCAGCGUACGUCGAUCACGGCCAGUACGUCGCCAACCGAUUCCAAAGCCUUGGCCUUUCGAUCGUGGAUUCGUUUUUCCCGAUGGACCACCUUCACACGAGUCCGCAGGGCGCGGAUGUCGUGUCUGCGGCCUUCGUAAAAGGCGUGCUAUGUGCGAACGAUGUUUUGGCGGCGCACGUCAAGAACACGACAGGCAGUGUUCCAGGCUCCUGCAUCUGA